CAACAAUAACAGACGGCAGAAGUUGUCACAGUGGUCAAGGAAGAGCUAGAGAACAGUGCCACGACGGUAUAGAGGCUUCAGUUAUAUGUGGAAGAUCAAAGAUGGUUCAAGACAGUGCGCAGAUUCGGCGACAGGGUGCCCAGGACUUUAUGGCAUACUAUGACUUUGCAUGUGCCAAACAGGAAUCAAUCCCUCUCCCUGCCGUCAAGAUGAACCUUGACAAAGGGAUGCUGGACUUUAAUGGAGACAGGCUCAAACUGACAGACUGGCCACCCAUUCUCAACUCUAUCUCCAUCAACAAACACCUGCAGCAUAUUGCAAUAAGUAGCACAUACCAAACUAGCCUGGGUUCUGGAGAGGCAGACAGAAGGUACUGUAAGUCUAGCUUCAGGAAGAAGAUCCCAGCCAUUCGCUCUAAGGACAUGACAUUUAAGUUGUGCAAGGCCCUGAGGGAGUGUCUGACUGUCUCUUCCAACAUUAAGACUCUGCAGCUUAAUGGACUUCCACUGAGAGAGAGGGACCUUAUCGCCUUGACAAAGGGUUUAGCAAAAACUGUUACCUUGGAAAACCUAUCUCUGGCUAACUGUCCAAUCAGUGAUGAGGGCUUAGAGGUGAUUUGUCAAAGUGUUAAAUAUUCCUCAAGCAUCAGGACGGUAGAUUUUGCAGGAUGCAAUCUCACUUGGAGAGGGGCAGAGCAUAUGGCCAACAUCAUCAAGCAUCAGGGAAUGCAGAGGCAUGGUACUGCAUGGGCAGAGUCUCUGAGGUAUCGACAACCACAGUUUGAGGGAAUGGGAGGUCUCCGCCGUAUCACCCUUAACUGUAACAGUUUGAUUGGGGACCGGGGUGCUGCUGCCCUUGCGCAUGAACUGGCCGAGGACCUCUGGGUUAAAGCUGUGGACCUACAGAGAUGUGGUCUGUCCAAUGAAGGAGCUCGUCGUUUGCUGGAAGCCUUCAAAACAAAUUCAGCUCUUUGUGUACUGGAUAUUCGUAGUAACCCUUUAGUUGACAAGGUCUUAAUUAAAACUGUAAUAGAGAAAGUGCUGAUGAAUGCUGAUGGACAAUCACUAGAGUACCACUGGAUCAAGCCUGCAGCCACUGAGCCACAGAGAGCUCCUGUUGCAAAGAAGCGAUCACUGCCCAGUUCAGUCAGAGGAAAAGCUACAUUUAGGAUGGCCCAUCGUAAAGGAACAUCUAAUGGAGGGCGGAGUUCAGGUGUUGCUCAGGCACAGAAGCCCUAUUCCCGUUCCUGCUACAUUCCUUGGCGUGCUGCUGCGCGAGCUGGACGCCAGAGAGGUCUGCCUCCUGGAUUAACUGUGACGGACCAAAGCUUUCAGGGUGCAGCUACUGUGAAGGUUACUGUAGAUUCAGAUUCAGAGGGAGAGUACGACGAGGAAGACGAAGAGGCAGAAGUGGUGGUGGAAGUGGAGCAGAGACCAUCUUCUUUCAAUCUCCAGGACAGGAUCACUGGACGGCAGUUUGAGCGUAUGCAGAUGGAGCUAAAAGAGUGUCGUCUGAGGCUGGCAGAGGAGCGCAGAGCCAGACUGAAAGCUGAGUCAAGGCUCAUGGAGUAUGAGUUGGAGAAUGCCCGUCUUCGUGAUGCCAACCACUCCCUGUCGGAGGCACUUGCAGCCACUGGCUCUGGAUCAGCACAACCUGCUGUCAGUGCUCUUGAAGAUGAGGCCGUACUUGAGAGCAUUGAGAGUUCAUUUACGAAAUUCCAUGCUUUCCUUGAUCUCCUCAAGGAUGCUGGCCUAGGUCAGCUAUCUGCAAUGGCUGGAAUUGACAAGUCAGAUUUCCAACCUCUGGGAAGACCUCAGCUCUCCUCUACAAUAGGAACACAUCUGGAGGGUGCAGCAACUUUGACUAGAGGGGACUAUCGGGAUGUUCAGACUAAGACUGAUGCUUUUUCUUUGGUAGGCAAUGGCCUACCUGCUCUCCCUGGUGGCCCAGGUGACACCACCCCACACAGAACUUCAUCCUUUGUCAGGGAGUCCUUGCGUGAAGACAGGAGACUGGAUGUGACCUUCAGUAAGGCUUCUGGGCCUGCAGUAGAAACUGGUAUGGGUGGAGAGGUGGAACCAGAUCGAUAUUCCAAGCCCGGUACCCAGCGUGACUCAGGUUCUGAGCACAGUUUCCGGAGCCAAACAUCCUUUGAUAAGGUUUCCUUUGGUAAAACUUUUCAGACUGAACCAAGCAAGCACAAGAGCAACAGCAACUCUCACCGCAGCAAUUCUCAUCAUAGCAAUGGCUCCCAUGGAUACAACAAAAGCUAUAGUCAAAGUCAUGCUUCCCAUAGCAAUGGGUCUCUUGGUGGAUUGUCUGUAAGAUCGAGUGUUAGUGACAUUAUAGGUGACAAGGCAGAUUCUGUGGGAUCAGUAGAGUCAAGGACCAGGGGAAAGGGAAGGCUAAUGACAAUAGGUCAGUCAGGGUCAGAAGGGUCAGCAGGGAAAGUCUAUCCUGGGAGGGAGACUCUGGAGCAGAUCAUGUCGCUGGGUGGUCUGAGGGGGCAGUCAGAUAAUGAAUCCUUCUGACCAGCUGACCAGAGAAAUAUGAAAAGCUUUCUCAGUGACUUCUCCUUAAAGUUCUUUCUGUCACUUCUAAAGAUUGUUGUUCACUUUAAGAAUGUAUAUGAUGUAGAUUUUAUAAAUCUUUUUUUAAGUAUAGAUUUACUUUUAAAUCUUUAGAAGGCCCAUGACCAGAAUUCAAUUUAAUAUCUUGUUGCAUUUAAGCCAAAGUAGGGGAAGAGUUAAAGGUCCCAUGAAAUUAAUAUUGGAGUUACGGAUUGUGAAAUGUGUCAAAAAUGCAAUGUAUAUUUUUGUAUUCACGUUUUACCCUUUUUUUUUUUUGUUAGUCUUCGAGUUUUUUGCUGACAUGUUUUGCACUUGGGGGCAUGUACAAUAUAAAGAUUUCAUUCAGUAAAGUGUAACAGUAGAUAUUUGGGAUUCGAUCUCAAUCUAGUCUCAGUUAAAAACCACAAAUCAAGUUCCUCCCAUUGCAAUCCAGUUUAAUGUGGGAACAUAUCAACCCUCAGGAAAAUUACAGUAUCAAAGACAUGUCAUUGGAGGUUUAAGUGAAAAUGCACUGCUUGUUUCACACAAUAUAUAUUUAUUUUUACAAUUUAAGUGCUGACAGACUUUUGAUGGAUGUUGAAUUUGUUCUCAAUUUGAUUUUA